UAACCCGAGACUGAAACCAUAUUCGAACGCGAAUCGGUUCAACCCAUCAUAAAAAAGGCGACCCUUCUCUUCGCCCCGUCCCCCAUCGCUCUAUUCUACUCGUUUUCUCUUUCCCCGUACACUCGUCUCUCCCUCUAUCUCUCUCUCUCUAUCUCUCGGUUUAUAUUCAGAUCCCUUUCUCGAUCAAAUCAUCCACUGCAAGUCCUUACACCUCUAAUUUCAAUUUCCUACCUAGAUCCCUUUUUUUUGUCGGAAAAAGAGAGACCGAUUUUUCAUUGGAAUUUUUUUGUUGAUUUAAGUUCAGUUGCCUCUCGUGAGUGUUCUUUUUUCUUUAAUUGGAUUUUGUUUUUCAAGCAACCAUGAGCGAUGAAGGAGAAAAGACUUGCCCCCUCUGCGCUGAGGAGAUGGAUUUGACUGAUCAGCAAUUGAAGCCUUGCAAGUGUGGCUAUGAUAUUUGUGUUUGGUGCUGGCAUCAUAUUAUGGAUAUGGCUGAGAAGGAUGAGACAGAAGGCCGGUGUCCAGCAUGCCGUGCACCUUAUAACAAGGAAAAGAUUGUUGAAACGGGAGCAAACUGUGAAAGGUUGGCUUCUGAGAUGAGUUUGGAGAAAAAGUUGAAGUCACAAAAGGGAAAGAGCAAAAUGUCGGAAGGAAGGAAGCAACUUAGUAGCGUGAGAGUGGUCCAGAGGAAUCUUGUUUAUGUUGUGGGGUUGCCAGUUAAUUUAGCAGACGAAGACCUUCUCCAGCACAAAGAAUACUUUGGUCAGUAUGGAAAGGUGCUUAAGGUGUCUAUAUCGCGGACAGCAGCAGGUGCUAUACAACAGUUUGCAAAUAGUACGUGCAGUGUAUAUAUAACUUAUUCAAAGGAGGAAGAAGCAGUACGGUGCAUCCAGUCUGUACAUGGAUUCAUUUUGGAGGGUAGAUCUUUGAGGGCAUGCUUUGGAACGACUAAAUACUGUCAUGCAUGGCUGAGAAAUGUGCCGUGCAGCAACCCUGAUUGCCUAUAUUUGCAUGAGAUUGGUUCACAAGAGGAUAGUUUUACCAAGGACGAAAUAAUAUCCGCUUACACAAGUAGAGUACAACAAAUUACUGGUGCUACAAAUAGUGUGCAACGGCAUUCAGGAAAUGUGUUACCAGCACCAGCAGAUGAUUACUGCAUUAGUAGCCAUUUUUCUUCCGGGAAGCCUUCAAGUAAAACUGCUACACAGACAAAUAAUUCGGUGAACAGCAUUAGAGUUUCUCCACCAAAUAGCAGCUCUGGUAGAUCUGCUGCUCUACCUGCUGGAGCCUCAUGGGGGAUUCGUUCUUCCAAUAAUCAACCCUUGUCCACAAGUAUACCAUGUUCCAAUGGACUACAUAAGCAUAAACCUAAUGCCUGUAAUGGACCGGUGACGUUUUCUACUGCAGUUGCUAGCUCUAGUCAGGUUUCUUCGUUGCAUAGUGACUCUGGAAAGAAGCUGGUUCCUAGUGAAGAAAGCAACACAAGUCUAGACAAAAGCAAACUGGAAGCCAUAGAACAUGUGAAAAAGGAUUCUAGCACAGAUAGCAGAACUAUUUUGAGUAGUUCCUCCUCGUCUGUACUUUCUGUUACUUCAACAAUAAACAGGCAACACGGUCAACCUACAUCCAAGGACAAAGAUGGAGAUGCCAGCAUGCUACCCUGUACCAACAACUCAGUUAAUCAAUACCUAAAGUCUUGUGGUCCUGAUUCAGACACAGAUUCCAAUGAUUCUGCAGAUGGAAAAAUUGAAAAUUUAUGCUCUGAAAUUUUUUCUAUGAGCAUUGAUAGACAUCAACAGUUGCAGAAUGGCUAUGCUGAGCACAUUGGAGAACCAUUGAUAUCGCAGACCUCUGGAAUAUCUGCAUUACCAGUUGAUGAGGAUUAUGCCUCAAAUCGUCUCUCUCCGUUGAAAUUGGAAACACACAUGCAAGUCUCGCAAGUUGACUCGCUUCAGAUGGAAGAUAAUCUAUUAUCUUUUGAUAAACAAAGACUCAAGGAUCCAGAGUUUGCUUCUAGCAGAAACAGUAUACCAGAUUCUUCUCACUCUACUCAUCUUUCAAGACAUUCUAAUAUUCAUUCUCCAACACAAAAUAAUUCUGACGCUUCAGUCAGGGUCAAUGUUGAUAGGCAAAUUGUACAUACAAAAGACAAUUUGAUAGUAUCAGCUUCUAGUAAUUCUGUUAUGUCAAAUAAACAUCCUGACAAUGAAUUCAGUAGUUCUUCUGAUCCAGUGAAUGAUGUUGAACAUAUUUAUUUGUUUCCAAUUAAUAAGGAUAAAAAUUCAGUUCUGGGAAGAUUCAAAGGUGAAGCAGCCUGUCACAGUCAUCCUGCUGCUGUUGAUACGGGGGAAAGCAGCAUAAUAUCAGAUAUUUUGUCGAUGGACUCUUAUUCAUGGGAUGACUCGAUACGUUCACCUCAGAACCUGGCAAAAUUGUUUGGUGAAACUGAUGAACGACAAGGGCCUUUCGGAGUACCUAGUUCGCGGAAAAUCCAGAAUAGCAAUCAAUCGAGGUUUUCUUUUGCUAGAGAGGAGGAACGUAUGAACCGAGCAUCUGACUUUGGACUAGCUAUCAAUUAUGUUGAACAAUCUCUUAAGGACCGCCCAUUUGGCAAUGAUUUCACAAACAGCAACAGCUUUCAUCUUGAAAAGUUUGGUUCUCACAAUAGGCUAUCUUUAUUUAAUGGUGUGGAGUCAGAUAAUUUUGCCAGCAGUCAUUCUUACAUCUCUUCUAACAAGGUUCCUGUUUCAAGAUCUCAAGUUUCUGCCCCCCCGGGUUUCUCAGUGCCUAGUAGGGUACCACCUCCCGGUUUUAUUUCUCACGAGAAGACAGGGCGGAUAUUCGACCCACACUCUGGAAAUUAUAUGCCCGAUGCUUCGCUUUUGCCAAGAAAUCAGUAUCAGGCAUCCCCAAGUGGUGAUUCUAUUAGUAAUGCCGAAAUUGAGUUUAUGGAUCCUGCAAUUUUGGCAGUUGGCAAAGGGAUACUUCCUGGUAGCCUAAACAGCUCAGGCUUGGGUGCAAGAUUAAGUUAUUCUCCGCAGUAUAGUACGCUUGAAGAAUUAAGAUUCCAGUCCUUGUUACAAAGAUCAGUUCCUACUCAUCAAAACCAGAGAUUUACAGACCCGGGUGACAGUUAUUCUCCCCUUGGCGAUGCUUAUGGAGUUCCUUCUAGGGUGCUAGAGCAAACCCUAACCAACAACCUGUCCCCAUUUUCCCAGUUCACUCUUCCUCAGCCUAGAAAUGCUGUAACAUCCAAUGGCCAAUGGGAUGGGUGGAAUACGGUGCAGGGUGAGAAUGCUUUAGGUAUGGCAGAACUACUCAGAAAUGAGAGAUUGGGACUUCCUAAGUACUACAAUGGUUAUGAAGAUUCAAAUACCCGCUUGCCAAAUUCUGGAAACCUAUAUAAUCGGGCUAAUGGGAUUUAAAUUUGGUUGGAGACUUAUAUGGCACUGUUGGUACUGAUAGUGUCAAUGGUAAAAUAGGAAAAAUCUUGUGCGAAUUAGAGAAUGCCUGCUUUAAGGACUUCAAUGUUUGGCAAUCGGAUGACCUGAUCACUUGCAUUGACUAAACGGACCUAGGCAUGGAAUGCCCGAAAUAUUUGUGUUCGAGGACAUUAGAGUGAUUCACGAGUAGUCUGAUGGCACUGCUUUUAAGUUGGUGGAGGAUCAAGCCCUUUCAACAGGGAGUCCCAAACCAACAGGUAAAGGGUGCUUGAGAUUCAGGCCUAAUGUGAUGGUCAUGCAAGCAAUGUUGUGCACGAUGAAAUCAGCUUGUGAUCUUUUCUUUCGUAAUGCUAAAGCUUGUUAGUUUGUUUGAAGUUGUUCUACAGAGGUGAUCGAAAAUACUUUCUUUCACAGUGGUGAAAAUUGAUUUGUGUGUAGGCAAAAAUUCAAAAAUGGGAAGUUUAGGCCCUGUUCUCUUUA